AAAUAGCUCACUCAUUUCGUUCACUCACUGCUGAAAUAUAGUGCACUCACUGCCCUUCACUACAUAGGAGAUAGUGAAUGAGUGAACGAGUUAGCGGUUUCAGACACAGCCUAUGGUUGUCACCCGCCAUUAAACCGAAGAAGAAGACACUUCCUGGUCCGGCGCACACUGAAAAAAACAGUAGGCUGUUUAACUAUUUUGUAUUGUGUUCACGCAAUUGAGUAUAAAUAACUCAAAGUACGCAGUUAUUUACGGUUACAUCCCCUCCAAUCGUCAGCAGUCACAUCAAUGAGGACAAGUGAUCUAGUUCCAGUGGCAGCAGUACAUGCCCAUGUGAUAACACUACCUCCACCAUGUUUCACAGAUGAGGUGGUUAUCAACAAAUGCUAGAAUAAUGGUGAUAACCUGUCGGUGAUUGAACAUCUCCACCAUGGUGUUGUCCAGCUGUCUCCUGGCAGUUGCUGUCUUCCUGUCCCAGGCCAGGGGAUUCCUGCAUCCUUCAGAGGAAGAUGCUGUCUCUGAGGAAUGGCUGCUGCUGCAUGUGGUCCAGGGCCACAUAGGGGCCGGUAACUACAGCUACUUGCGUCUUAACCACGAUGGUAGGAUCAUUCUGCUUUUGCGUAGCCUGAAAGGAGACGCUGACCUAUAUGUGUCCGACAAGACCCUGCGACCAAGUUUUGACACUUACAAACUGCAGUCGGUGACAUGCGGUAAAGAUGCAGUUGUGGUACCCAGGGACUUUAUAAGGCCAGUUGGGAUUGGAAUCUAUGGACACCCAUCCCACCAGGAGAGUGAGUUUGAGAUGCGUGUGUUUUAUGAUCAGACUGCUCCCAAAGAUCAUUUUGAUAAAAGCUUUUACACAUCAGAGGACAGAAUAAGGCCACAGAAAUACCGCCAAGCACCAGAUGAAGACUUUGAGGAGGAGGAGUCAAUUUUCUGGACUAUUUUAAUUGGACUUUUGAAGAUUAUUCUUGAAAUUUUGUUCUAAAGAACUGUAGUUGCUGCUAUAAUGUAAAAAAAAAAAAUGUUUCGGAAGAGGAAAAAUUGAUUAAUUGUGUAUUUUCUGUAAUUGGGAAAAUCUUGAGUUUUCUUUUCUUUUUUUUAUAAUUAAACCUAUUUUCAUAAUUUUACCAAUAAAUUCUGAUUAGUAACGAGAGUAAAUGCCAUGUCAUACAAAAAAGCCUAGUCCAAUUUAUUCCUUUUCAGAAGGAAAUAUCGCUUUUCAAAUUGAGAGAUGGAUGGUCCUGCUUUUUCUAUGAAAAUUGGAUUCUUUGGAAGUUUUUAAAUUACUCUUCAAACAUUUAGGAGAACAUUUUUCUGAAAACUGUUUUAAAUGGGUCAUCAUUUAAGAGCAUUUCUGGAAGCUUCGAAAACUAUUGGGCUGUACUGACAAUCAUCUGUCAAUUGAAGAUCAGGAUGAAUUUAUGUAGGAAGUAGUCCCACCAUAGCGGUGCAUGUCAAGAUGUAUUGUCUGUAUAUUAGUCGGUUUUUGCCAGAAACAUUUUUGGUGGUCCAAUCAGCGAACAGAGGGAGUGGCUGAAAACGAUGACGUUGAUGUUGUGCGCUAGUUUGAGUUGUAGUUCAGUAAUGUCGGCGGAGAAAGAAGCCAUUUGGUCCGUUGUAACGCUGCCGACUAUCCAGAAGUUAAAGCCGGAGCAAGAACAAUCUUUGCUGAGUUUUGUUGGUGGCCAUGAUGUUGUGGCCCUCCUCCCACGGGGUUCGGGAAAAGUUUGAUUUUCCAGCUACGGCAGCUAGCUCCGUUACAGUAGUGGUGAAGGAGUUGGCUAAGACUAGCGAUUGGUUAUGGCAGAUCCAGAGUAGCUCUGGGCAGAUCCAAUAGUUUUAAACUUCAACAGAGUACCCGCCUUCAAGGAAGGCUACAUUAAAAGUACCUUUUAGCAAGAAUGUGGCGUUACAUUUAUCAUUGCAAUACAAGUUUGUGUGAUGAGCAGCAUAUACACUUAAUGUGUGCGCUGCUUAGAAUUUUGUUUCUUAGUCGUCAGGAAAGCUUUUCAUUAAAGAAAGUAUUUCUUAUGGUUUUGAACAUAAUUUGUAAAGAUGAAUCAGAAAUCAUUUGUUCAUAUCUGCCUGGUUUAAGAAGAAAUACACAUUUCCUACGAGGUUCUUGAAUUAUGCAAAAAAAGUAGUAAAUGUCCCCAAUGAACCAACAUGUUCAGCAGUGCCUUAGAUGAGAUUUAUUGGGUGAAUGGCAAUGCAAUUUUCAAAUAAAAAUUAGCAAAUGACUUUGCAAACUUCCAUGUCAGACUGUUGCUUUCUACUCUGCCCCAGACGCUUUUCUAACCGAAUCUUUUUGUGUAGGUUUCUUAAAUUCAAACCUUUUUAAGUGUAUUUACUGCAGGGUAGGGGUGUAACAAUAUAUUGUGGCACAAUAUAUCGCAAUGCAAAAAUGUUACAAUAUGUAUUGUAGUUAUGGCAAUAUUUUUUACAAUAUGACGUCUGUUUUAUUCUAUUGGUUAAGCUACCAGAAUGCAACCAACUCUGCACCUGUGUGCAUUCACAGAAAUAGCUUGAACUGAGUUAAACUAAGUUGAAUGAACAAAUACAUCUCUUAAUUGAAUUGCAGUAAAAAAAAAUAUAUAUAUAUAUAUUGUGAUACGUAUUGUAUUGUGAAACCAGUAUUGUAAUAAGUAUCGAAUUGUAAGAUGAGUGUAUUGUUACACCCUUACUGCAGGAUUGACAGAUUUGCUCUGAAAUAUUGAGGAUGUGGGUUUUGAUUGGCCAUAAUAAAUUACAGGUGGAACUGUAA